GAUCUAGUGCGCUGUAUUAUGCACAUGCAUUGAAGAUGGAGCCGCUGAAUUCAGGCAGUGAGGCAGUGAAAUCCUCAAGAAGGAGACUUUCUUCGAUUUUAAAAGCUUCUCGGAUAUCUAUGAAAGUACUUGGAUCUGAGCAAGAGGAACAAAAGGUGAUUAAGGAGGAAAUUGCCAAACCUGUAGAGAAGAAGAGAAAUUCGCGAAGAGUGAGUUUUGCCACUACAAAUAAUGUUCGAGUCUUUACAAAUGAUGCAAAAAGUGAAUCUCCUGUUCUGGCAUCCAUACAAAACACACAUGUUGGAGAUAGACCAGAUGAAAAGAUUCUGCGUUUUGUUGAUGAGGGAAAUCACCAAAUCAAAGGCCUGGAAACUUUGUUGAACACUCCUCUUUAUCUAUCCCAGCAUAAGGAGAAUUUCUUCUCUGAUCCAGUCUUACAAGAUGACUGUGUGGAUAGAACAAUGCUGCUCGGAGAGAAUACUGGAUACAUGGAUAUUACUCAAAGUCACACAAUCACAAUUGAUAAGGAUUAUGAAAUAGAAGAAGAACCAAACUCAGAUUGUAGCUUCAAAGUGGCUCAGACAGUCUGUGGUGAUCUGAAUGUUGCAAGUCAGAAGGGUUUGCCACGUGAAGCAAAAGCAGAGAGUAAAAAAGCUGCAACAGACCCAGACUUUAGUGCUUUUCUCGCCGGUAUGUGCUUACCCACUGUAAACACCAUUAAGCCCCCAAAUUCAGAAAAUAAGCUGGAAAGUGUCUUCUGUUCAGCCAAUACAAGCACAAUGGAAAUUGAUAAGGAGAAUCACUUACCAUCUUUUUUAAUGAAGCAACAUCCAGGUGGCAAGGGUAACCCAAAACUACCACAGGCCCUUCAACGUAGACAAUCCCGUGUUACAUUUGUUGAAGAUGACGAUAUAGAGACAACCAUGAGUCACACUGUUGUACUUGAAAACCGAUAUGAUGCUCAGCCUCUUGCACCCUCCAUUUCUGAAAAUCAAGGAAGUGUUAAAGUUACAGGAAAUAUCACUCGCAAUGUCCAGGCUGCUCUGGAUCACAAUAGAUCCCAUUUUUUCUCUGAGGAUGACAAUGCGAUGGAGAUGACAGGGGCAUUUGAUUUAGCUGUUCGAGAAAAAGACCACACAAUGAAUAUGAAGGAGCAGUCUCCAAUUCCCAAAGUAAGAAGGAUGUCAUCCUUUAAUGUGAUUGGAAUUGGGGAGACAACAGAUCAAAACAUAACUGGUUGUUUUCAGAGCAAUCUCUCAAUAGUCAAAACUGCUAAUUCUGAUGAUAUGGUGAUUACUGGGGCUUUAGAUGGAUCUAUUCGAGAAAAAGAGGACAUUCUGUUUCCCAAACUAAGCCGUAUGUCCACUCUUGAUGCUUUUGGAAAUGGAGAAAUAGUGGAUCAUAACAAAUCUGGCAACAACUUGAUAGCUCCAACUGCUAAUAAUGAUGUUACAGAGAAGACACAGUCACAGGCUGUUGUUUUCGAGGCCAAACCAUCAAGUGGAAACAAGCCAUUUAGCAACUCAAGGAAGAGUUUCUCUCUUGCAUCUGUAUCCAGAACUGUUCAAGAAGACGAGCAUGCAGGGAUUGUCAAGGAGGAAGCUCCGCCUCCAAUAUCCAGAGGAAGCAAAAUGUCCUGUUUUAAUUUGGUUGGAAAUGAAGAGAUAUUGGAUCACAACAAAUCAGGCCACCUCUCCAUUGCCCAAACUGCAAAUUCUGAUGAUAUGGAGAUGACACAGUGUCAAUCUAUUUUUCCCGAGGCUAAACAGGUCAGUGGAGACAUACCAUUAAGCAACUCAAGGAAGGAUUGGGCUCAUACAUCGGUAUCCAGAACUGAAGACGGUGAUGGGAUGGACAUUACUCAAGGGUUCACAGGGCGUAUAAUACUAAAUGCUCUUUCAGCCACCAAGAAGGAAAGAGAUGAAAGCAUUCUGAUACCUGCUACAUCACCUAAACAUAAUGAGAGUGACUGUAUGGACUUGACAUGCCAACCAAGUACUUUUGCUGGGAUUUCACCCCCAAGCCCUGAUGAAAUGGAAUUGACUGGAUGCAACACUAUGAACAUUGACUCAAACCGGGCCUGUUUAGGAAGUGCUGAUACAGGUACAGUACCAUUCUCCGCUAAUCAAACUAUCACUGUUGUUGUACCUAUGGAGAUGACUGAAGUACAUAUGGCACCAGUCAGUGAGCAAAAGCAUAAAGCUUUAAUGACUCGAAGAAAGUCAGGAGCAAGGAUGGUGUCCUUGAUGUCUUAUCCUGAAAACACUGAAGCUGAUAACUGUCAGACCAAUUUCUCCAACCCUGAUGACAUGGACAUGACACAAUGUCAGACUCAGACUGUUGUGCUUGAGGCUGAAUACGGCAGACCAUUCCGGAAAUCAAGGAAAAGUUUGAACCUUGUAUCUACAUCCUCCAGUCAUGAUGUUGACAGUAUGGAGAUAACCCAGGCACUCACCGGGAAUAUCAUGUUAAAGAGCUUUGUAUCCAAUAAGGAAAGGAAGCAUGAGAGUAAUCUGUUACCUACAGCACAAAGCUGUCAAAGGCAGGAUCAGUCUGACUGCAUGGAACUGACAUGUCAAGCCAGUGCAUCAAAUCUAGCUAUCCCCUGUGUUGAUGAUGAAAUGGAAUUAACAGGAUGCAACACAAUUGUAGUUGACUCAAAAAGCACAUUGGCAGCAAGUGCUUCAGAGAUCAAAGCAAAUGAAAGUGCACUUUGGGCAUCAACAUCUGUUUAUAGAUGCACAGUGUCAAGUGAAGAACAAAAUGAGGUGAUUGAAGCUGCCAAGUGUGCUAUUAACCAUGCCUUCCCCUCAAAACAUGUUUUUGAUCUUGAUGGCAAAAACCUUAAAUGCAACAACACAGAGACAAUGUCAUGUCACCCAGCUGUCAUGCAAGUGAACAAAUACUGCGAAAUGGCACAUCCAAGCAAUGUGAUGACAACUGAUGACGAAAAUGACAUGCAGAUUACAAAGAUCCUAACAAUACCCAUUGAAAUGGAGAAAGGUGUUUUGUUUGACCAGAGAGAAGCCAAUGUAAACACUUCCAGUGGUUCAAGAAAUGAAGAGGAGAGUCAAGCUCUUUGGUCUAACAAGGAACAAAGUACAAGCUCAGUCCAACAGGAAGGUUCCUCCUCAAAUGAGUCCAUCGCUGAUUCCUUCAGUCAAGAAGAAUUAAAACCGGCAAAAGCAAGACGGAGAAGUCUAGCAGAUUUUCAAAUGGAGCUUCAAAAUAUUUCACGACGUAUCCAGGAAGAGCAAAAAGUGAUAACAGGAAGCACAACUGCGCCUCUGCCUUCUUGUUCCUUCCCAGAGAUUUCCCUUAAAGAGCAGCGUGAAACUGAAAUUUCUAUUGAGCCAGCUUCAAAUGUCACGCCUAAUGUUAAGCAGAAAAAUAAUUCGGUUCAAAGUGAGAAGACCACACCUUUUAGUCUUAAAAAGCCGUUCUCAUCAAGGUUGUCAUUGUGUGGUAUCGUGCCAAAACUACCGAAACGAGCUACAACUGUAACUCCAAACAAAACUGUGACCAUAGGUACUAAUGAUUUACGAAGUCUACAACUAGAGAAACAUUUGGAUGUUGUUGAACAAAAUAGCAACUGCAAACCAGUCAAUAUUAAUGACGAAGAGUUACCUGAAAUGAGCAGUGAAGAAGAUAUAUCAGGCAGUCUUGAAAAUUGGCCAAUUAACAAGCAAGAUGAACUGGAUGGCUCUUUGGCUGUACCUAUAAAUGAAGAGCUUUUUGAGGAUGAGGUCUUUGAGUCAGGCACGAGCACGAGUCCAUGCUUUAAAAGGCCUCAUCCAGAGGAAGAUCCUUAUACAUCAGAACAAACCAAGAAAGCCAACAUUUCUGACAUGGGGCCUGACUGUCAUGAAGCUGCUGUACAGUGGGAAGGUAAUUUUACACGGCAUGCUGCUCAAAAUCCCAAGGCAAAGAAAAUUGGAGAUACAGGAGUCUCUGAAUCCACUCUCAGAUACUCGCAGUUUGACUCUCAUAUGGAUGGGACGCUGGAUAAUGUAUUUGAUUUCAAUAAGAAACUUGAGGACGGAAGCAUCACAGUGAAUGAGUUCCUAAGCCACUUUGGUAUCAACUUCGUCAUCCACAGAUCUAGAGCAAGUGCUCUUCCUGACAAUUGUAGGGCUGGUGAUGCAUGCACAAUGGAAGAUUUUCUCAAAGAGAAAUACAUAUACCAUCCCAAGCAGAGAGUGUAUGAGCAAGACUGUAAGAACCUUACAGAGAUAGUGGAGAGACUUAAAGAACAAAUGCCUGAACAAGAGAAAUCCCUGGGAUGCAUCAAUGGAGCCCUUCAGCAACAGAUAUGCACUCUCUCUAAAGAACAAUUAAAAAGCUUUGGAUCCAAGUUGAAAGAGCGAAGACUUUACUUUGGAAAGAGAAGCAAGACACAUUCUCAUGAAAUUAAAGGAGUCUUGUACUCAGAGCUCAUUAAAACUACACAGGAUGCAAAGCAAAGCCUGAUAUCUAAAAUCAAAGAGACAGACGGAAUUAUGGAAGACUUGGAUGGAUGCAUUAAUGAUUUAGAAACUGAACUUGCAACUGUAGAGUCCAUGAUUAUGGGAGAUCAUCUUGAUGCUCCUCAAACCAGACCAGCCUUAAAAGCCAAGGAAGAGGAUUUGAAAAGGCUUAAUUCAGAUAUCACUGUGAAGGAGAGGGAAAUUGGUGAGCUGGAGAUUCAGCUUAGGACUUUGGAGGGCCAACAGGAAAAGCUGCGAGGAGAAUCAAGUAGCCUUAAGAGUCAUCUUGCAACUUUGAACAGUUUGAACGAGUGGCGUCUUGAUGCGACAGAUGAAAGGGGGGCCUUGUUUACCUUACUUCACAACACUGUGCAUCUGCAGGUGAACCUGCAAAUACCUGCUGGAACGGAAUGGAUGACUGAGGAUGUGGAGCGAAGUGUAGAUGUAUGCUUCCAGUUGCAGCUGGAUGUGGAAAAGUCUGAGUGUCAUGCAAGCAUGGUUCACAAGUUACUCACACUAUACUGUCAGUCUCAAACUCAAUGGACACAGAGGUACCCAACUACCCGACAUAUACCAGAGCUGCUUCAUGACAUUAGUUUGGUGGUGGGUCGUCUCAGGCUCUUAGGUGAGGAGAUUCACCGGCUAAAGAAGUGGGGAGGAUUGAAGCUUCGCAUCCUGAAGAUCACCUGUAUAGACACACAAGUUCAUAUUGUCUUCUCAAGCCUGAAAGCGUUUGAAAAGUUUGAGUUAAGUCUGAUGGUCACUCCAGACUAUCCCUUUGGACCACUUCACAUACAGGACUUCAAAAAACACAUGGGGAAUACAAGGUUGAGUCAAAUUGAAGACAUCCUAUCAUCAGUCAAACCAGCCAAGAACUAUCUGACAAAAAUCCUCAAGAAGAUCCACGAUGAUCUCCUGUGCUAAAAUCUCAAGUCUUGUUUAGUCUUUUCUUUUCAGUCUUUUAAAUGUUUGUAUAUAUUGACGUUCGUAUAAUCAAAACAUAAUAAUUAAAAAUGUAGCCACAAACCACA